AUGCUUCCGCAUCUCUCCACCAAGAAUUCCAUUCCUGAGUACAAAGUGCAGGACUUAAAAGCUUCGCGGUGUAUCCUCUUGCACUACAGCAUCCUCAAGAUAGUUUGGGACUGGUUGAUUGUUCUCUGCACCUUCUACUUCGCCAUCAUGGUGCCCUACAAUGCAGCCUUCCAAAAAGACAGCAAUGAAAGAACUCUGCGUACACUCGAUAUGAUUAUUGAGGUGCUUUUUAUUGUCGCAAACGCCAUCCAUUUGGGUGAUGAAUCUGUGGCUGGAGUAAACCAUGUUGGCGCUGCUGAGCCCCGAAAUAAAAGUGGACAAGUUGUUCAUCACUCGAAGGAAAUCGCUCUGAACUACAUUCGUGGAUGGUUCAUUCUUGAUCUCAUCGCUGCCGUUCCCUUUGAUGUGAUCUGGACCAUCCAAAGUCCUGAAUCGCCAGUGGUAAAAUUUAACAUACCUUUCUUUUAA